ACUAGGUUUCGUAACAGCUGGGGUAGCUGCUACUGCUGCACUUUGUUUGUGUUUCCGCCGAGUCGUGAAAACAGAAAAGAAGAGAGGCGGAAGAGAUCGCAGGUUGCGCGCCUCGGAGAGUGAAAGCCAACGCAACGCAAGAGAAGAGGGUCCUGCUACCAUACCAACAUCCACACCCUUUUGUAAUUUUUAUCGCAAACCCUUCUGCCAUCACAAACCCUAACUCAUUAUUUCUUUCUUUUAAUCUUGUUAUUUCUCUGGCCUCUUUUUUUUAAUUUUCGAAACAAUUUCAUCCAUAACCCAUACCGAUUUAUUAAUUUAUCUGUCCAUGCUUUUCUUUAUACACUGAUCAAUCAAUAAUAAUCUGUCUCUGUGAAACCGGAAACCCUAAUCGGCAAUGGUUACCACCACCGUUGAUUCUUCCUCUAACCAUUACUCACCCACUGCUGCUACUGCUGCCGCUGACACCUCUAAUAAUUUCCCGCGAAAAAACCUGCCAUCCCCGUGGGCCCAGGUAGUUCGCGGUGCUGACGCUGAACCUAACCAUCAAUCGCCGCCAUCUUCUUCCUCUUCCUCGUUCUCGUCCCUCGAUUCCAUUAAUUCUAACGGUCCCGCCGUUCAAACAAGCGAUACCACCGUGAAACCUGCGUGGAAGAAACCGGAGUCCAAUGGCGUCUCGGAAGUUGGGCCUGUAAUGGGCGCUCAUUCUUGGCCCGAUUUAUCUGAGUCCACCAAGCCCACCGCUAAAUUGACAUCUGACUCCUCUGUUAAGACUGCUGCUGAUGAAGAAUCACUCACCACCACUCCUCAGGAUCCUGUUAAUUCAGACUCCCCUCAGAAACAAGCCAUUGGUAAUGCAAACCCUAGUCCUACUCCUGCAAUGAACUAUGGUAUGGCUAAUCGACAAAGAUCAAUGAAGCAGCGUGGAGGGUCAAAUGGCUAUAAUGUUGGGUCUGGUCCUGUUCAGAACAACUUCUCCGGUGCUACCCAGAAUCUUCCUCCACCGCCACCACCGCCCCCCUUUCCUGUGCUUCCGAUGCCUCCAAGAACAUUUGCCCAUGGGAUACCAGGGGUUCCAGUUCCUACUCCAAGGGAUCCUUACAGGAACAAUAACUGGGAUGCAAGACCUCCGCAUGGGGGUUUUAUGCCACCAAUGAGUGAGCAUCGGAGUCCCUCUCGCAGGGGCAAUGCUGGGCACCAUCCACGUGGAGACGGUCCCUAUCAUAACAGUUAUGGCAGCAGGCGUGAUCAGGAUCGUGGAGGUUAUGCAAAUACUAGAGAUGCUCAUGUAAAUCAACAGAGGAUGCCUCCAAGGGGAUUAAUGAGGCCCCCGCCACCUAAUCCUGCUCCAUUUAUGGGGCCUCAGCCUAUGCGACCUUUUGCAAACCCUGCUGGGUUUCCUGAAUUCUAUUAUUUCCCAACGCUACAAUUUGAACCCUUUGGGGGCAUGCCAUUUUUCACACAUGCACCUCCUCCUGCAAUGUUCUUCCCAGUUGCAGAAACUCCUCUCACCAAUACAAUAGCCAACCAAAUUGAUUAUUACUUUAGUGAUGCUAAUUUAGUGAAGGAUGAGUAUUUAAGGUCCAACAUGGAUGAACAGGGAUGGGUUCCUAUUACUCUGAUUGCAAGCUUCCCAAGGGUUAGAAGUUUGACAAGCAACAUUAAGUUGAUAUUGGAUUCAUUGAGAACUUCCACUGUCGUGGAAGUGCAGGGGGACAAGUUAAGGAGGUGCAAUGAGUGGAUGAAGUGGCUUCCCUCCGCCCAGCUUCGGGCCAACUCUGGUUCAAUAUCCCCUAGCGGAUCAAGUUCUAAUAACCUAGCAGCUGAUUUUGAAAAGAUCACAGUGGAUGAAGCUAUUUCACAUAAAGUUAACACUGAGCCUACCACAAAUGAAGAUGCUGCAGGAGAGUCCUCAACUCAGUCCCAAGUCCCAAAUGAUGCUACUGUGAGCAGCAAUUAAAACUCAACUCAGUUUAUCUUCCUCAUCCCAAAAUACUUGGCCCAUUCUAGUUUUUGGCCCUGUGCGACUCUUGAUUUUGAAAGGGUUUUUUUGGAGGGGAUGGUAGGAUAGGUUGAUUCCUUUCUACGGUGACUGAGAUCGAUUUUGGUAGCAAUUGAAUCAAAUAGGGAAAUAAAUAAGAAUUCUUUGGAAUUAUUAUGGCCUAAAAAGAUAAAGAAAGUUAACGAGACACAAGAAAUCUAGAAUUUUGAUGGAGGUGAAUUGAGUUUUGGGUUUUGUAUAGUUUUUUUUUGCUGCGGAUGAUUUAUUCUUUAUUUUCUGGUGGCUUAUGGUGGUAUGUGUGGGUAAAGUAUUUGUUAUGAAUUGAAUUGAAUUGAAUUGAGCACUUGAGUUCGCUUGUGCCAAGUUGCCCUGCCAUUUUAACAAAUUAGGCCUUGAUGUUUGCUCUGUCA